AUGCAUGAUGAUCUGGCUGAUCACGACCGCGUGGAAGAACGACCACAAAAGAAGAAACACAGAAGACGAGACCAGGAAGGAGUAGCGGAGGAUGAGGACGAGGACGAGGAAGAAGACGAAGACGAUGAAGAAGAAGAGGACGAUGAGGAGGACCCCGGAGAGGCUAGGGCUAAAAAGAGACGAAAGGUAUUCUCGCACUUACACCGGGAUGGGUCAAAGCGUCACAAGCGUUCAGCUGUCAAUCGGUUCUUGGAUAUCCAAGCCGAAGUCGAUGAUGAUGAAGACGAUGAAGAGGAGGAUGAAGAGGACGCUAGGGACCUCUUCGACGAGGUGCCUGGCGAGGGUGAAGACUUGGAUGAUAUGAAUCACCGAGCAGCUCACCAUGCUCGCCUGGAUAGGAACCGAGAAUUGAAUGAUGAGGACCUCGCACGAAUAGCACAGGAUGUUACACGACGUUACAGGCCGACAGCGCAGAAGUACACUGGUGACAUGAACGAGAUUCCUCAGCGGCUGCUCAUGCCAUCCGUUCAAGACGCAAACUUGUGGCAAGUUCGAGUCAGGCCUGGGAAAGAGCGUGAUAUUGUCUUCAGCCUCAUGCGCAAAGCAAUGGACCAGGAGUUUACGGCAAAGCCACUGCAGAUUCUCUCAGCAUUUCAACGCGAUUCUCUUCCCGGCAUGAUUUAUGUUGAGGCACGAAGUUCACAGCAAGUCAGUCAAGCGAUCAAUGGACUCGUUGGCGUGUUCCUGAGUCGUGGAAUCACACUUGUGCCCAUCGAAGAAAUGGCCACACUUCUUCAGAUCAAGAAGAAGGAUAUUGUUGUGACUCCAGGUAGUUGGGUGCGUAUCCGACGUGGUAAAUAUUCAGGAGACUUGGCGCAAGUACUGGACAUUGCCGAGAGUGGAGAAGAAGUUGGUUUGAAAUUCGUUCCUCGAAUUGAUCUCAACCCGAAGGAUGAGAUCGUGUCCGCGGAUGGCAAAAAGAGGAAGUUGAAGGGAUCGGGAAUGUCUUCUGUCUCACGACCACCUCAGAGAUUCUUCAACUACGAGGAAGUUGUCAAGGUCUAUGGCCGUCGCGCGGUAGCAAAGCGGAAUCAAGUUUACGUCUUCAAUAAUGAUACGUUCAGGGACGGGUACAUCGAGAAGGACUUUAAACUUGCAACCUUGAUAUUGGAGAAUGUAAACCCGACGCUGGACGAAAUCAUGAAGUUCACCCGGCGAGAAGACGGCGCUGAGAAUGAGGCGAAUGUUGAUCUCUCCAUCAUUGCUGAGACGGCGAAGAAAGAAGCGAUCCAAGUCUUGCAGCCUGGGGAUCAUGUCGAAGUGUUUGAAGGUGAACAGACUGGCGUUCAUGGUGUAGUAGAGUCUAUUGCGAAUGAUGUGGUUACCUUGCGCGCAAUUGGCGUCGACAUCGAGGGACAGAAAGUCGAUGUUCCUGCUCGCAGUGUACGGAAACGCUUCAAAGUUGGUGAUCACGUCAAGGUCAUGUCUGGGCAAAACGCGGAUGAAACCGGUCUUGUUGUCUCUGUGGUUGAUAACGUUGUAACUUUCUUAUCCGAUAUGACCAUGCAAGAGCUCUCUGUAUUCUCAAAAGACUUACGAGAAGCGGCUGAAGUCGGGUUAAGUACGAACAUCGUUGGAAACUACGAGUUGCAUGACCUCGUUCAGCUGGACUCGCAAACUGUUGGCGUUAUUUUCAAGACGGAGCGAGAUUCAUUCCGAGUACUCGAUCAGAAUGGCCAAGUUCGACUUGUUCAGCCGCACCAAAUUGCGAUGCGGCGGGACUCCAAUCGUGCCAUUGCGACUGAUGCCGAAGGGCACGAACUUCGUAUUAAUGACAAUGUCAAGGAAGUCGAUGGAGAGGAGCGUAAAGGACAAGUUUUACAUAUCCAUCAAUCCUUCUAUGCCUUCCUUUUCAACCGCGAGAUCUCAGAAAAUGACGGCGUGUUUGUUACUCGUGCUCGCUCACUCGUCUCCUUGGCUCCAAAGGGCAAUGCACCCAAGCCAGGUGCUAUGGAUCUGACUAAGAUGAACCCUGCACUCAGUGGGGGUGCGGUUGGAGGAAUGGUUGGCUCGCAAAUGAGUCGCGGUCCACGAGAUAAUUUAGUGGGCCAAACAGUCGUGGUGAUUAAAGGCCCACAAAAAGGGUUCGUUGGGAUUGUCAAAGAUACUAACGGACCUGUCGCUCGUGUUGAGUUGCAGAUGGGUAACAGAGUUAUCACCAUUGAUAAGAUGAAGCUAAAACGCAAAAACCCUGACGGGACGACAGGAAAUUUGGAAAAGGGACUUGUGGACAAGGGCGCACUGGGGAAGGCAUUCUCCCGAUUAAUGAUGCCUCCUCCAAGCUUCGGUGGCAGUCUGGCUGGUUUAGGCGGGAAUAUGGCACGGUCUACACCUACCGCAAACCCUUACAACAACGGCGGGGGACGAACGCCAGGCUGGGGUGCUGGACGAACACCAAAUCCGUAUGCAUCAGAUUCGUCACGUACUCCUGGUUGGGGUGCUCGUACGCCUAAUCCCUACACGCAAGAUGGAUCAAGGACUCCAGCUUGGAAUGCUGGGGCACGUACCCCGGCUUGGAACCAUCCGGCUCGCACGCCAAAUCCAUACACUGCAGACAGGGAAAAAGAAGGGAACCGGACACCUGCGUGGAACAUAAAUGUUGGAAGAACCCCGGCUCAUCAGCCGGACAAUUCCAACGAUUGGGGUGGGGGCUCGAGUCCACGGUGGCAAUCCGGACAAUCGACGUGGGGAGGUGCAGAUACGUGGGGGGAGACAUUCUCUGCGGUAAGAAGUUCAUUCAUGUCGUGA